GUGCGAAGCUAGGCUAGCAGGGAGCAGUAGGCUGUGCUAAGCUAAGCUAUGAUUGUGUUUUCCUCCUGCAGAUGAGUGACGUGCAGGCAGGGGGCGCCACAGUCUUCACUGAUGUCGGAGCUGCUGUCUGGCCCAAAAAGGGGACGGCGGUGUUCUGGUACAACCUGUUCCCCAGCGGAGACGGAGACGACCGGACCAGACACGCCGCCUGUCCCGUCCUGGUCGGAAACAAGUGGGUGUCCAAUAAAUGGAUCCAUGAGCGAGGGCAGGAGUUCAGGCGGCGCUGCAGCCUCCGUGAGACGGACUGACCUCCGGUCUGAUGCCAGAUCCUCUCCUAAAACCUCCC